CUCACAACUGAAUUAACCCCUUCAGGAGAUCUAAAACAAAUAAAUGACAAAGUUAUAGAGAAUAGCAUAGUUUCAUUUUAUCUAUUUUGCAACAUUAAAAAUAUACUUUCAUACAUGCCAGAAAGAUAGAAAGAAAACCAUUUAUUUAACCCAUUGAGUCGGAAUUUUUUUUUUCAAAUUAAUUUCCCUGCAAGUCAUUCCCAUCAAACCUCAACUUACUAAACACAUUCAAUGCACAUACAACAACAGCACACACAUAUUACUUUCUCCUUACAAUGUUACAAAACCUGACAGAAGAUUGUUUGAAAUUCAUGGUAAUACUUCUCAUGCUGCCUCAAGAGAUGGUGAGAAGGGGUCAACAGGUGAUGGCUUGAAACAUAAUAUAACACUUUCACAAUCAGGUCCUGGUUGUAUGUCAGUGUAUGUCACUUGCUCAAGAAAGGUUUAACUUGGGGUAGGUGUUGCAGAUAAUUGGUUAAUCUUGCCUUACAAAACCUAACCUAACCUAAUCUGGUGCAGCCUAAUGUAUAACCCUGGCCAGUCCUUCAAAAUGUACAGGCUUCAUACCACCCAUAAUAACCCAUUCCACUCCUCUUCCACAGUACCCAUACUUUCCAGACCUCAUUUUCUAUUAUCGAGAGGAGGAGGAGGAGGGAGGUAUCGCCAACAUGGACUGGAUCAAUUGUAAUCUGUGCUGCCGCCAGCCGGGGGACGAGAGGGAGAGAACCUUUACCCUGAGCAGCUGUGGCCACAUCUUCUGCGACUUGUGUCUGGCCCGGGUGGAGUCUAGGGAAAAAUGUGCUGUGUGUUCCUCUGUGUGUCAGAUGAUGCAACUCUCCUCAAAGAUGAAGCCAGAUGCCGAGAUGUUUUUCCAGGAGCCGACAACACUCAUCAAGAAACACUUCACCCUCAUCACCCGCCUCCUGGACUUCCAAAAGGAUCAUCGCGUCCGCCUCGUCUCUUUUCACAGGAAGAUCGUUCAGAAGUACAAAGAGCUAGAGAAACAGACGGCAGUGAACAAGAGUCAGGAGGCAGAGAAGUAUAACGCAGCCAAGGCUCGCAUUCAGGAGCUUGAGCGUGAGGUGCAGAGGCUACGUGGCAUCAUUGCCUCUGAUAGGGGUGCUGGCUCCACUGGCAACCCUGGGAAGACAUCUUCACCAAGGGUGUCUCCUGGGGGCACCAUUAUCAGCCCUGGACGCAUCACCAUGGUAAAGAAUAACCAAGGGCUGCCAGGGGCUAGCCGAGGCAUUCCCAACAUCUCUCCAACAGCUUCCUAUGCCCAGCACCCUAGCUCCACCCCCAGCAGGGGUAAGACAUUCUCCCCGGUGAGCUGCCAGUACCUCGUGCCGCAGCAUCAGCAGCACCAGCAGCCCCGCCACACUGAGGGUAUCCAACAACCCAUGCCAGGCAUAAGCUACUUCAGGAACAUCAGUCCAGUCAUUCCCAGGAAGUCUUCUCCAACAAGCAGGAUCAUGCCGGGGCCCCCCAGCCUCUUGUCCAUGUCGGGCAGCCAUGGACACUCCAGCACCCCAGGAUUCCACCCCUUCAUGCGCCCCCCCCAGCCCCAGCCACGGCCACACACCCCUGUCAACUACCCCUCCCCUGACCCCUAUGGCAGGCAGCCCCAUGACCUUGCUGCCUACAAGAAAUUCAGCAUGUGAGGGUUGCCGCCAUAGAAGAAAGUGUUGGUUGUGUGUGGUGCUGUGUGUGUAUGUGUAUGUGGGCAUUGCCAAAGAGAUUCAAGGCAUUUCAUUAUUACCUCAGGAGUCUCAGAGGAAAGUGUUAUGUUUUGUUCCUUAAAGGUUUGAUGUUUUGUUGUCUGGUUUGUAUGACAAGUUCAAUUCCUCUUUUCAUUCAUGUGUAAGUGUUCAUCUCUCUCCACUGCCGGCCACACUUUCUGAAUUAAGUUUGUGGUCACAACACGGCACAGGCCUUUACUCAUACAUAAACUAACUAUUGACUGAUGGGUGACUAAAAUACAUACUUAAAAUUCUCUCCUUUGGUAUAUUAUUAUUUACAAAAAUUACAUAAUUGAAGUGUUACAAUAUUGAAGAUCCUGCAUCAAUGAUAUUGAAGUUUAUAUGAUAUAGGAACAAACAUAUGCAAAGGUAAAAUGUCUGAUGGCAUAGCCUUUACACUAAUAAUUUUCUAAAACAGUGAAAAUUCUAAGUCAUACUCCCAUACUGCCAAAAUGUAGUAGUAGUUUUUUUUAAUUUUACACAGCACAAAUCUGGACAGUUUGAUUUAUUUUUUUGAAGAAAUAAAAGGAAGCAGUUCAA